AUGGGAGGAGCCUGGGAGCGAAUGGUUCGCUCCGUCAAGACCGCUCUCAUCGCGACGUUACACAAACGUCAUCCGACAGAAGAAGUCCUCACGACACUACUGGUAGAAGUAGAAUACACCGUCAACAGCCGCCCGCUGACUCACGUCUCAGUCAGUCCAGAUGAUCCCGAAGCUCUCACACCUAACCACUUCUUGUUGGGAGGACCGGGACGAGUACCACAGCCAGGCACUUUCACCGAACAAGACGCCCUCUUACGGUCAAGUUGGCGAGCUGCGCAGAGGCUAGCCGACAUCUUCUGGCUACGCUGGGUGAAGCAGUACCUUCCGGAGCUACAACACCGGCGGGAGCCCCACGGACGGGGCCAAGCAGCACGCGUUGACGACCUAGUACAGAUCGUCGAUCCCAACCUGCCCCGCAACGUGUGGAUACGAGGAAGGGUCAUCGCUACCUAUCCGGGUCCCGACAACGUCGUGCGGUCGGUGGACGUGCUGACCAAGGGAGGUGUCCUACGCCGGCCAGUGAGGAAGCUUGUGAUCCUGCCUCUAUCUACGAACGUCGAGCCCGCACCGGAAGCUGAUGCGACGCGGUCGCACGGCGGGAGUGAUGUGCGGGACAAGUGA